AUGUCGGGUCUCAAUCAGGUGUCCAUGUCACUUGCCGAUGGCGUGCAUGGGCGCAAACGAAAUGUGACGAUGGCGGGGAUCGACAGUUCGCCCGGCAGUAUUGAAGAUAUGGACGACCACGAAGCGCGCGAAGAGAAGAGACGUCAGCCUGUGAAGCGCGCUUGUAACGAGUGUCGACAACAGAAACUUCGAUGCGACGUCAUCCAAGACCCCUGGUCCGAUUGCUCACGAUGCCGUCGGCUCAAACUCGACUGUAAAAUUGAAUCGAACUUCAAGCGUGUGGGGAAACGCAGUCGCAAUGCGGAGAUGGAGAGAGAAAUCAUGGAGCUCAGGAAGCAAAUUGCCACCGGUCAGCCUGUCCCUGGGAUGUCUCAACAGCAGCAGCAGCAAAUCGCCGCGGGGCAAUUGACUCCCAAGCAAGAGUCGAACCAAGUCAGUCCCGCUGUGUAUCAAACCCCUUCAGCCAUGUCCGCGGAUCAGUACAUGGGAUCACAAGAAGCUGUUGCGUCCCUGUUGGACUUGCGCUCGGGGUUUGACGGCUCCAAUUUCAUGCGAACCGGAGGCCAAAUAAAGCGCAUCGAAGAUGUCAUGGUUGUUCCCGAGAAAGUGGGAGAGCUGUUCAAUCUCUUCUUCACAUACUACCACCCUUUCCUACCAUUCCUAGAUCCAAAGCAAUCCCCAGAGGACUAUUACAAUGCUUCAUCGCUCCUUUUUUGGACAAUUAUCAGCGUCGGUGCGCGACGCUACCAGGGUGAUUCGACUUUAUUGAAUUCACUCGCUGGUCCUGUCAGUCGACUGGUAUGGAGCACGUUGGCAGAUAUUCCCCAAAGCUAUCACGUUGUGAAGGCUCUUGCUUUAAUGUGCUCCUGGCCAUUCCCGACAAGCAGCACUUCCACAGACCCAACAUUUAUGCUAUGCGGUAUGAUGGUGCAGGUUGCCAUGCAGUUGGGUCUCCACCGGCCUUCUCACACCCAAGACUUCAGCAAGUUUCGUGUCGAAUUGAUCGAGGAGGAGUUAAGAGAUAAGGUGCGAACAUGGGCCAUCUGCAACAUUGUCGCUCAGAGAGUAUCCACGGGAUAUGGGCAGCCUUCGUCCACUUUGUACGACUGGACACUUUCUUCGAGUGACUCGCUUGACCCGAACUUCAAACUCCCAGAAGAUCUCAGGACAAGGCUGGAGAUCGAGAAAUUCUGCGACAGAAUUACCAGGGCACUUUACACGAAUCGGCGUGAUCCGGUUGGUCUCACUAGUGAUCACGAACGAUCUACAAUGAUCUCCUUCUUGUCGCGGGAUUUCGACGAGUUAGAGGAAAAAUUGAAACCCCAGAGUGACAGUAUCACUGAUUUAUUCCUACGUGCCGCUAACCUUCACUUGCAUCUUUCGGCAUUCUUUGAUGAGCCAGCUGCAAAGAACUACCGCGAACGUGUUUUGUCUCUAUAUGUCGCGACGACCUCAUUCCUCGAGAAUGUCUUGAACCUUGAGACCGAAGUUGGUCCGGUCCUUUCUUAUACUCCUUACUACGUCUAUCAGAUGAUGGUCGCCGCCGGUUGCACUCUUCUGAAGCUGUGCAAGAGCUUUUUCUCCUCUCACAUCGAUAUGGAUUACACCAAACACCUAUUCAAUCGAACAAUAUGGGCCAUCCGUGGAGUCUCCGCCUCCAGCAACGAUUUACCCGAGCGUCUUGCAGAAGUCUUGGCUCAAAUGUGGAGAUUAGGAGGAGCAACUCAUCGGUCUAGUAAUAGCACCGAUGUCGACGACUCUCUACGCCUAAAAGUGCGUUGUCGGAUGAGCAUGUCUCUGCUUUUCGACUCUGUGUGGCGAUGGAGGGAGGAUGCGCGCACCAAAGGUCGUAAUAUUGAAGCAUACCUGAAAAACCCGACAAAUCCAGACUCGGCGGCGGAUUCUUCGAAUACUUCGUCUGUCGGCCCUAUGCAACCAGCGACAACUACACCUGGAAUUUCCGGGAACGACCCUAGCCUUGCCCCAGCACCCCUAUUAUCGCAGGCUACUCUUGGGGUGCAACCACCUUCUAAUCCAGUCAAUGGACUUCCUAGCGGUUUCAUGGAGCCCAAUUACGAGGUCUUCGACCCGUUGAAUUGGUUGCUCGACGGCUUGGUAGAUUUGCCUUAUUCCUACUCCACCGUGGGUGGAAUGGAGUCCCAGGGGAUCGCAUAG